CUUAAAAAAGAAAACAAAAAGAUAGCAUUUUAAAAAGGAUUUUGAACUGCCUGUGGAGUAGAACAAAACAGAUUGCAAGAUGACUACUCCUGUGCCGCGUCGCACCAAGGAUAUGAUGGCACUUGGACUGGACUCCGACUCGGAGGACGACUUUAAUACACCGUACCGACCGCAGCGAUCGCGGCAAGCGAAGGCGGGAGAAAAGAAACCUCAACCGGUGGCGUCUUUUCCAACUCAGGCGAGGGGCAAGGAAAACGAGCCGCAUCCCUUGCCUAUGGAAGUGCUACCUCGCCGAGUCUCAGAGCUAACGAUGAUGGAUUCGGACAGCGAGGAGGAAGACAUAAAGAGCAAUCACAAUUUAAACUGUGCCAUCCUAAAUGAUUCCUUCGUACUAAGUCCCUCUCAAGAGUUAACACAUAGCAAUGGCAACAUUUCCCCGCGACGCUCAUCCGCCGCAGCUCCACUCAAGCAAUCCGAUACGAACCUAUCCUUCUUGGGUCAAUUUAACAAUAUGGGCAUCAAUUGCAGCAGCCAAGGAUCACCUGCUGCAGACGCGGAAAAAAAGGUGACAAAAAAACCGGCGCCCACGAUCCCAGUUGUUACGGAAAGGCGGCCACUUUUGGACACAGAAACGCCACUGCGCAACGAAGUCUCCACCUGCCCCAAGCCAAAGCCGGAUGCGGACUUUAUCACACCUCAAGUGCGAACCAUUGGAUCCACUUUAGGCACAAAAAGCCGAGGUGGGGUGUCCAAUGACUUUCGCGCGCAGAAGGUGCUCUUUCAAACGCCCAUGACCGUGAGUCGUGCUGCUCCCGUUGCCUCCGAUAGCAUUAGUUUCUCGCUUUGCGACACUAUUAGCGAAAGUCCGGAUAUUCCUGAUCCGCCGAAGGCAGGUCCUUCGAAGGCUCACCAUCAGUCCAAGAAGUCACUGGAUAAUGUUUUCCAGGAGUCAGAGAAAAAUAAUGUGCUGUCCAAAGUGGAGAACGUUGAAACCAAGGAGUUGCUACCUGUUUCUGAAGCCAAUGGAAAUUCUGAAUCGGCUCCAACGACCUCCAAAGCCUCAAAUAUACUGAAAAUCAAAAACCAUGAAUACACGAUUGCCAAGAAGCUGGGCUGCGGUGGAUCAAGCUCGGUUUUUCUAGCACGGCGGUCGGAUUCCGGAAAUGAGUUUGCACUGAAGGUGGUCGAUCUGCAGGCAGAUCCACAGGUGGUGCAGGGCUAUCUCAACGAAACUAAACUGCUGGCAAAGCUGCAGGGGAACGUCUGCGUUGUGGCGCUUUACGACUAUCAACUUGUUCGCGAAGAAUCCAAGCUGUACAUGGUUAUGGAGAAGGGUGACUCCGACCUGAACAAGAUACUGCAAAGCUACACCACCAACCUGCCACUAUACAGCCUCAUGAACAUCCUGUACCAAAUGCUGCAGGCGGUCAACUACAUCCACCAGCACGGAGUCAUUCACUCUGAUUUAAAGCCUGCGAACUUUCUAAUGGUCAGCGGGCGACUGAAGCUGAUUGAUUUUGGCAUAGCCAGCAAUAUCUCAAUGGACUCAACGAGCAUCAUCAAGUUUUCGCAGGCGGGCACCUUCAACUACAUUAGUCCGGAGGCAUUAACGGACACCUCCACGGGCAACAGUCCUAUGCGAGGAGCCAAUCAGCCGAAAAUCAAGAUCUCGACCAAGUCGGACGUGUGGUCGCUAGGCUGCAUUCUGUACCUGCUGCUCUACCAAAAGACGCCCUUUGGCCACAUAAGGAACAUCUAUGCCAAGAUGAGUGCAAUCGCAACUCCCAGCACCAGCAUCGAGUUUCCCGCCAUUCCUCCCUACUAUCCUGUUAUGCUGGUUCAUAUGGCCAAGAACUGCCUUCAGCUGAAUCCCAAGAAGCGACCGUCGUGCAGUGAACUACUGCAGUAUCCAUUCCAUAUGAUCAUUCCGCUACAGAAUCUACAGAUACCCAGUAGAACCGCACCCAGUAAUUAAGCAUGAAAGCUCAACUAUUUAUUAAUUAAAUGUCAAAGGUCAAAUGUCUUUCUCAUAUGUGUGUGUAUAUAUUUAAUUCUCAUUUAUAGUAAAUUAAACAUCAUAAAUCCUUAUUAUGCAGCUAUA